AUGGAAAAUUCAUCCUCAUCGGCGACCUCAUUCAACGCGAGCUAUAACCAGCUGGACGUUCCUCUUUGCCACUGCAGAAAGCCGACGAGAAUGGCCCAGUCAUGGACAGAUGAUAACCCUGGAAGGGUGUUCUUCAAAUGUGACACACAUGGGUUUUCAGUGUGGGCGGACAAAGAAAAACCGUUUGGUUGGCAGAAGCUUCGUUUGAUUGAAGCAAGAGAGCAGAUACGGCGUCAGAAAGAGGAAAUCCGAGCGCUUAAAACAUCUCUUCGAGAAACCCAUGUAAGCUUAUCUUCGAACUCACCAAAUGUUGAUGCUGAAAUGUUUGCAGAGGAGAAGAAGAAACUUGAAUUUGAAGCAAUGGCAGCAAAAGAAAGAGAAAAGCUCCUGCGCCAAUUUGUGGUUAUUUCAUGGGGAGGAUUCAUUGUUGUCACAACAAUGAUACUCACCAUGGUGAAAAAGUAG